GUCCCAGUUGGGGAAGACCGGCUUGGCUCCCUGGGCAUCUCUGUCAGAGCUCCGCCCAGGGCCCCAUGGCCUGCCCAAUAUAAGCAGCUCCUAGCUGAGACUGAGAACUCAGUGCCAGUGUCACCCACACCUCCAUCAUCGCCAUCGCAGUCCUGCAAGAAGGAGCAUCCGCCUGCAGCCUUCUGUUCUGAAUAUCCAGCAUCCCUUGGACUCUGCCAGUGUCUCUGCCGUUGUCACCGCUGCCACCUCUGCCGUCCCCAACGCCACCUCCUCAGGGCCAGCAAGAUGCAGUUUGAGAUGCGAGACAACGUGAAAGGCAAAGCCAUGUCUUACCCAGUGACCAGCCAGCCCCAGUGUGCCAGCAGCAGCUACCAGACCCAGCUCAGUGACUGGCACACCGGUCUCAUGGACUGCUGCAACGACAUGCCCAUCUGUCUGUGCGGCACCUUCGUCCCUCUGUGCCUCGCCUGCCGCAUCUCCGACGACUUCGGCGAGUGCUGCUGCACGCCCUACCUGCCCGGAGGCCUGAACUCCCUCCGCACCGGCAUGCGCGAGCGCUACCGCAUCCAGGGGACAGUCGGGAAGGACUGGGCGGCCCUCACCUUUUGUUUGCCCUGCGCCCUCUGUCAGAUGGCGCGGGAACUGAAGAUUCGAGAGUAAAGAAGUUCCCCCCUCCCCCCUCCUUUUCCACCUGUCACGCCUGGCCCCCACUGCCCCCUCCUAGGAGGACCUGCUCCUCCGCCCUAUUCCGCCACCAGAAAUACACCCACAAUAAAAACCUGAAAACCAA